CCUCUUCUUCUUCUCAAUUCACGCCCAUCGAGUUUCUUUCUUCUCGAAAAAUCUCGCGGGACAUUUCCCGGGCGAGGAAAAAGGUAAAAUUUUGGCGGAGAGAGAUCGAAGAACCUGACAUUUUUUUUAGUUUCUUGGGUUGUUUUCUUAUGUCGUAGAAAAUUUCAAAACUCAGCUUAACAGUUAGCAAUAGGGUUCUUGGAAUCAAAUACCCAAAUCUAACCUCGUUUUAGCUAAGAUUUGUUUAUCAAGUAUAGGAAUCUCCAAGUGUAUAUUAAAAGAGUCCUGAUUGCUUUAUCUUCGAGGAAUGCUAAUAAACUUAGGUUGGUUGUAGAAAAUGAAUGGAGCAGCUUUUAAACGGGUAACUAGGAGUAGUACAUCUGGUUUGAAGCAGAUUAAUGUAGAUAGCGGAGUAGAGGUUAAUAAUCCAACUGUUGUCAAUGUAUCUGAACAAGGCAAUGCCUCUGUACCUCUAAAACCAUCUGAGGCAGGGAUUCAAAUGCCAAAUGAUGCAAACGGAGUUAGGGAUAAUAGAAAGGGGAAGGAAGUACAGAAACCAACCCCUCAAACCGGGAAGAAGAGAUCUAAUACCAAAACCAAGUUUUCUGGCUCAUAUCGUGAGCUUGUCAUCGGUCUUCCUUGCCGUGGACAAUUUGAAAUCCAGCGGUCCAGGUCAUCUAAGAGUUCGAAGAGGUUAGGAGGAGGUGGUGAAAGGAAUGUGUUGUUUUCAAGUCACAAGAGUGCUCAGAGAUCUAAAGAUGCUGCUGCUGGAUCAUCUUCGGUUGCUGCUAAUAAUACACCUGUAGGUAGUAGACCAAGGAAAAGGAAUAAGACUACGAAGAAAGGGGAAGUUAGAGAAGAUGAUGAGUACACAAGAAUCAAAAAGAAACUUCGAUACUUGCUAAAACGGAUCAACUACGAGCAAAACCUUAUUGAUGCCUAUUCUUUAGAAGGCUGGAGACGUUCAAGUGUGGAAAAGCUAAGGCCGGAGAAAGAGCUUGAACGAGCCACAAAGGAAAUUCUGCGAUGCAAGGUUAAAAUUAGAGAUCUUUUUCAGCACCUGGACACACUCUGUGCUGAAGGAAGCCUUCCAGUGUCUUUAUUUGAUUCUGAUGGAGCGAUUUCAAGCGACGAUAUCUUCUGUGCAAAAUGUGCUUCAAAGGACUUGUCUGUUGAUAAUGAUAUCAUACUAUGUGAUGGGUUUUGCGACCGAGGCUUUCACCAAUACUGUCUUGAACCACCUUUGCAGAAAGAUGAUAUUCCUCCGGAUGAUGAGAGUUGGCUAUGCCCCGGAUGUGAUUGCAAAGAUGACAGCUUGGACUUGCUUAAUGAUUCUUUAGGGACAAAACUUUCGGUCAGCGACAGUUGGGAGAAAAUAUUUCCUGAGGCAGCAGCAGCGUUGGCUGGUGGAGGUCAAAAUCUGAAUUGUGAUCUUCCGUCAGAUGAUUCUGAUGAUGAAGAGUAUGAUCCAGAUGGUGUGAAUGAUAAUGAAAAUGAUGAAGAUAACAGUGAUGACAGUGACGAGUCUGAGAACGAAGAUGAUAUUUCUGAUUUCACAUCUGCAUCUGACGAAAUGAUAGAGUCAUUUAAAGAAGGGAAAGAUAUAAUGGCGGAUAUAAUGGCCCUUCCAUCUGACGAUUCUGAGGAUGAUGACUAUGAUCCUGAAGCUCCGACUCGUGAUGAAGAUGAAACACAGGAAAGUUCAAAUUCUGAUUGCACAUCAGACUCUGAGGAUAUUGAAACUUCCUUCAAAGGAAAUGAGUCUAAUCAGCAAGAUAAAGUUACACCACCUGAGGAUCCUGGCAGAAAGAAAUCUCAGCUCCCGUAUGAUGCCAUUUCAGAGUCAGAUGCUGUGCUUGAUGAUGGUCUUGCCGGUGUUCCCAGAAGGAGGAAUGUUGAAAGGCUAGAUUACAAAAAGUUGUAUGAUGAGGAAUAUGAGAAUGCUCCAUCUUCCUCAAGUGAUGAUGAUGAUUGGGAUAAAACUGCACGAAUAGGAAAAAAAGAUUCCGAGUCAGAAGAUGAAGGGGACACUGUGCCUCUAAAACAAUCUUCAAAUGCAGAAGAUCAUACUUCUGAGAAACCUAGACCAAAGUCGAAAAGGGCAUCGAAAAAGGAUACUUUAGAAGUGCCACAACAAGGUCCUGGAGAAAAUGGUUGUUCUGGUGAAAAAAUCAGCUCUACAGCAUAUAAACAGACAGAUCCCAAAACUCAGAGAUUAUACAUAUCCUUUCAAGAGAAUCAAUAUCCAGACAAAGCAACGAAGGAGAGCUUAGCCAAAGAGCUACAAAUGACAAUCAUGCAAGUUAGUAACUGGUUUAAGCAUAGGCGUUAUGUAAAUAGCAAACCUGUAGUUUCAGAGGAAGCUGUCGAGAAGUCAAAAAAAGGCAAGGAAGGUGAAUGUGGGAGAUCUGUUGCUGGAAGUAGCAAACAAACUACUAUGGAAACCGAGUCAGUUGCAGGGAACAAAAGUGUAGCAUCGGCAUCAACCAGUCCUGGAUCACGGAAAAGAAGGAGAAGGUAGAUUUUAGACUCAAUCCAGACGGUUUAUAUCUAAUGCAAGGACAUACAUGAACACAUACUCCCAAAAACCCCUUGAAGACAUGAAAGCAUCGGGUUUGUUCAGUUUGUUACAACAUUUUUUUGGGGUUCUUUGUGAAUCGGAAGACCUCGAAUUUGAGGCAAAAGAAAGAAAGAUUUCUUCAAAAUGAGAGGGAUAGGUUUAUUUUUAACAGUUACAUAAGUUUCAAAAGACUUGUGUUUA